AUGUCGCAACACGCAUUGUCUGACCAGCAGGUCGACAAUGAGCUCCGCAAGAUGACGGCGUUCAUCAAGCAAGAGGCCAUGGAAAAGGCCCGCGAGAUCGAGAUCAAGGCAAACGAAGAGUUCGAAAUCGAAAAGUCCAAGCUCGUUCGCCAAGAGACCGACUCGAUUGACAGCCAAUACGCCAAAAAGUUCAAGCAGGCGACAAUGUCGCAGCAAAUCACCCGCUCCACCGUAGCCAACAAGACCAGGCUCAAGGUCCUGAGUGCGCGCCAGGAGCUUCUCGACGGCAUAUUCCAAGAAGCCGAGAAGAAGUUGGUGGAAGGCGCCAAGGACCAGGCCAGAUACCGCAAGAUUCUCAAGGGUCUCAUCCUCGAAGGCUUCUACGCGCUGAACGAACCCACACUAAAAGUCCAGGCGCGAAAGCAGGACCGUGAUGCGGUCGACAAGGCUAUCCAGGAAGCUGCCGAGGAAUACAAAAAGGCAAUGGGCACGGAUAUCGAGGCCAAGAUUGACGAGGCGAAUCCAUUACCCGAGGCAUCAACCGGUGGUGUCAUCAUCGUCAGCGGCAACGGCAAGAUUGACAUCAACAACACCUUUGAAACAAGACUGGAGCUGCUCAAAGAUUCUGCCGCCCCUGCUGUGCGAGAGGCUCUGUUCGGCAAGAACCCCAACCGCAAGUUCUUUGACUGA